AUGAAUGCUGAGGAUGUAGAAAUCUUCUUUUAUUCACGACUAAAAACUUUGAUGUGCAAUUCUGAACCAAAGUUUUUCUGCAAUUUUAAAACGAAGUAUGCUUUCUUCUUAUUCCAGAUGACCUGCAUCAGAUUAUUAGAGACCCUUCCUGUGGUUUUCAGAAGGCUUUGCAAUGAUCCAACUACAGUGCUUAAUAAUGCAGUGACACAAUGUCUUCGUAAUCUGAUAGAUUGGGGGCAUUCACCACUUGCAGUAGUGGUAAGAUAUUGGAAAGAUGCGUUAAUUUCAUUGCUGAUUCUAAUUAAAGCAUCAUGCAGUGGUGUCCCUGCCUCAUUAGUUGCAGAUAUUGAGAAAAUUAUUUUAUGUGAUAAUAUUCCAAUGAGUGAGUUGACCAGACAAGCUGCUCGGCUUUCUGUUUCACUUGUGGAUGGGAGUUCCACUGACUUGACAAAAGCUAGUGUUGUUUCCAAAUGUUUGUCUGAUGUAGAAUCUGUGCUUGCUGACAAAUCUUUAUUUGAAACAGCGAAGCCUUUUAGUGGGGAGGUUAAAAAAGUGCAUGUUCUGGACUUGAAAACAUUAGUUGGUGAGGAAAGAGUUAAUUUGGUAGUUCAUUCAGGUGAUAAAAGAGAAACAGAUAUUUCUGCCAGUGCAGAUAUUAAUUCUUGUGUCAGCUUUAAUCCUAAACCUGUUGGCCAUAUUGCUGGAAGAGGUUUGUAUUCUGAUCCUGUGAAAGGAAUUGACUCCAAGAAGAUUUCUCAGCCAGUAGAUCUUUGUUUGGAUCUGGAUAUACCACUUGAAUUAGAUGCACUGCAGGCGGGGAAGGAAUCUUCUCUCGUCAAAUCAAAAGCUGUAGAGCCUAAGAGCAAGGAAACUGAUAUCAAGUGCCGUUUGAAUUGUACAAAUUUGAUUUCAAAAGAAGAUAGUUCUGUCGCCUCUCAGCUUUAUUCUGCUCUAGGGAGCUCAUCUGAUGGAGGUGUGAGUAUCAAAGAAAAUGAUGGGGAAGGUGAUCGGGUUAUGAAAACUAAUAAUACAGUCCUGAAAGAGAUUGUAAGUGAAAACAAAAGUGAUCGGGAGUUAGCUUUCCUCACUUCAGCUAGGCGUCAACAAUCAUUCUCCAUAAAAGCAAGUCUCUCUGGUCCAAAACGGAAAGUCAUUCAACUCAGCUUACCAGUUGAAAAUAGGUCUAACGUUUUGAGAUUGGAUGAUGGAGUGAAAAGAUUUAAAGCUGUGAGGCUUGAUGACUGGUAUAGACCUAUUUUAGAGUUCGAUUACUUCUUAACAGUUGGAUUAAAAACUGCAGGUGAAGGAAAGAAUGAUAGUUUGACUAAAUUAAAGCAGGUUCCUGUUUGUUUCCAAUCUGCUGACGAAUAUGUUGAAAUUUUUCGACCACUUGUACUGGAGGAGUUCAAAGCACAACUGCAGAGUUCCUUUCAGGAGAUAACUUCUCUAGAAGAGAUGUCUUGUGGUAGUCUGUCUGUUAUGUCAGUUGAAAGAAUUGAUGAUUUUCACUUCAUUCGCUGUGUUCACGAGGAUGUUGAUUCAGCUGGUUCUAAAAGCUGCUCCGAAAAUGAUCUUUUUUUGCUUACAAGACAACCCCUGAGGAAUUCUUCUCAUGAUAUUCACAUGGUUGGAAAGGUGGAAAAGCGUGAAAAAGAUUGUAAAAAGAGAUCAAGUAUCCUACUCAUCAGGGUGUACUUGCAAAAUAGACCUCAUCUGAUCCGAGCUCGAAAGCUUCUCGUAGAGCGCAGCAAAUGGUGCAUUAGUCGUCUAAUGACCAUAACUUCUCAAGUACGAGAAUUUCAAGCAUUGUCGGCUAUUAGGGGAAUUCCUUUGCUUCCUGUUAUCUUGAAUCCCAGCAGUUACGAUCUUUGUAAACAUCACAGUGAGAGUUUUUAUAAACUAUCUAGACCCUUGCAGCAAGUCCUCAAAUCGGCAUAUAAUGGCAGUCAACUGGAAGCUAUUAGUGCUGCUAUUGGACCUUUUGAUCCUAAAAGGGAAUUUCAGUUGUCCCUAAUACAGGGUCCUCCAGGUACCGGGAAAACCAGAGUGAUCGUAGCCAUUGUCAGUGCGUUGCUUGCUUUCUCUCAAGUGGACACCAGGAGAUCAUCAAGUGGAGGUCCAAAGUCUACUGGAAUGUCUUGCACUGCUUCAAGACAGCGGGUUUGUCAAGCUGCAGCUGUUGCUAGGGCAUGGCAGGACGCAGCCUUGGCUAGACAACUUAACGAGGAUUUAGAGAAUGAUAAACCAAUGGGAAACAGCAUUAAGAGAAGAAUACUCAUCUGUGCACAAUCAAAUGCUGCAGUAGAUGAACUAGUUUCAAGAAUAACCAGUGAAGGUCUUUAUGGUAGUGAUGGGAUGAUGUACAAGCCUUAUAUCGUUAGAGUAGGUAAUGCAAAAACAGUUCAUGCUAAUUCAUUGCCGUUCUUCAUUGAUACACUUGUUGAUCACCGCAUAGCUGAGGAGAAAAUGAAUGCAAGUGAUUCAAAGAAUGACGCCGACAAGGAUACUUUGACAUUCUUGCGGUCUAAUCUUGAGAAGUUGGUUGAUACUAUCAGAUGUUAUGAAGCUAAAAGAGCUAGUUUACGGGAUGGAAAUUCUGAUUCCAACUGUUUAUUAGAAGGAGACACUGAUAAAGCAGAUAAUGCAAAGGAAUUGUCCGAUGCCGAAGUCGAAGCAAAGCUGAGAAUAUUAUAUGAAAAAAAGAAAUCAAUAUACAUGGAUCUCGCUUCUGCUCAGGCACGGGAGAAGAAAACUAAUGAAGAAGCAAAAGCUCUUAGACAUAAAUUACGGAAGGCUAUACUAAAAGAGGCUGAGAUUGUGGUGACUACACUGAGUGGCUGUGGUGGAGAUCUUUAUGGGGUUUGUGCAGCAUCUGUGUCCGGCCAGAGAUUUAGCAGUUCAUCCGAGGGUGUCCUAUUUGAUGCAGUUGUGAUUGAUGAAGCUGCUCAAGCUCUGGAACCUGCUUCCCUCAUUCCACUUCAGCUCUUAAAAUCAAAGGGAACUAGAUGUGUCAUGGUGGGUGAUCCAAAGCAGCUUCCAGCCACAGUUCUCUCUAAUAUCGCCAGCAAAUUUUCCUUCCAAUGUAGCAUGUUUGAACGCUUGCAAAGGGCUGGUUAUCCUGUUACCAUGCUCACACAACAGUAUAGGAUGCACCAUGAGAUAUGCCGCUUUCCUUCUUUCCAUUUUUAUGAUGGUAAGUUGGUUAAUGGAGACAAGUUGUCCAGCAAAGUUGCAUCAUUUCAUGGGACUAAGGGCCUUGGUCCCUAUGUAUUCUUUGAUGUUGUUGAUGGCAAGGAGCUCCAUGAUAAAAAAUCUGGCACAUUGUCGCUCUACAACGAGUGUGAGGCUGAUGCUGCAGUUGAAGUGUUAAAAUUUUUCAAGAAGAGGUUCCCGUCUGAGUUUGUUGGUGGAAGAAUUGGUAUUAUAACUCCUUACCGGCGCCAGCUUUCUCUAUUACGCUCACGAUUUUCAAGUGCAUUUGGAUCUUCUAUCACCGCUGACAUGGAGUUCAAUACAGUUGAUGGUUUUCAAGGUCGAGAAGUUGAUAUAGUUAUACUCUCCACAGUGAGGGCACUCGAGGCAUGCUCGACUGCAGCACAGGUUAAUGCUGGCCGUAUUGGUUUUGUGGCUGAUGUAAGGCGGAUGAAUGUUGCUUUGACUAGGGCAAAGCUUUCUUUGUGGAUCAUGGGGAACACAAGGACAUUGCAGACGAACCAAAGCUGGGCAGCUCUAGUGAAGGAUGCAAAAGAAAGAGAAUUAGUGAUGGCACUUAAAAGACCAUAUAAUUCUACUUUUACCUCAGUUGAUCUGGAGAAACAUUUGACUUUAGAAAACCCAGAAAAUUGUUCAAGGAAGUUGAAGCAUGUUAAAGGGGAUGAAGUCACAUGUGAGCGUACGGAUAGACAAAAUAAGAAUGUAAAGCAUGUGAUGGAAAGGAAAAGAAAAAACACGAGCUCUGGAGCUCCAAUUGACACUCUAAUAUGUGCUGAUCUGUCUGGAAAAAAUGUUGAGGGAAAACAGAGAACUAAAGAUGAAAGCAGUCUUUUGUUGAAAAAGGAUCUCGAUAAUUAUGAUGGAAGAAAUGCCAAGGAUGUGCAUAUUUUGCACGGGGAAAAUCAAUCAGAAUCAAGUGAAAGUUGUGAAAAGAUCAGUAAGAAGCACCGGAAAGAGAGGAAAGCUCAUGGCCUUCGCGGAAAACAAUGUGAAACAUUAGAGAGUGGGCAUUCAAAAAAGUCAGGGGGUGAUAAUUAUAAACGUUCAAUAUCAGUUGCAUCUGAAAGAUGUCAAGAACCUUUGGUACACGAUGACAAACAGCGGGACACCAGAGGUUGGAAGAAGCCUCCUAAGGCAACUCUUAUGCAGAAGGAUGCGGAAGAUGGAGUUGGAGCUUGUAAUCAGGUUAAAAAACUUAAUCAUACAAUAUCAGAGAGGAAACAACAACGUGAUGCCGUUGAUGCUCUUCUGUCUUCAGCACUAAUAUCUUCAAACAAGUCUAGGUCCUCACUAAGAUCUGUGCCUGCCAAAAGGAUGAGUUCACCAAAUGCUAGUGGCCCUCCAAUUAGACCACCUAAACAAAAUAAGAACUAGCAGCAACUUCUUCUUAUGGAAGGACAGUCCGAUUCAUCAAGGUGGUUAUGAGGUGUGCAUUCCAGAGUCAUCAGUUGAAACAUUUGAGAUGUGCAGGUUAGAGUAGUUUUCCUUCUUCAGAGUUCCCAGUCAAUGAAGAUAUAGGAGUUUCCUUUUCUGUUUUGUUUCAACAAGGUAAGGCUAAGUGUUCCCUAAGAAAUCUUCAACAAUUGAAGGUGUGAUGUUGGAAAAUUGUUCAAAAUUGAUCAUCCUGGAUGUACUUCCUUUUCAUGUUUCUGCUCUUUUGAGGUAGUGUGCCCUGAAAAUGGCGUUUGGUGGCUUUGAUUGUUUUCUCUGCAGAUAAAGUUCGUAUAUAUCUGUGAAUCAAAUAGUUGAUAGCUGCAAAUUACUCCGA